CAAUAUCAAACAAUAUGAACGACCAAAAUGGCGACUACAUUUAGCUCUGGAAGCCAGAGCCCUACAUCACUUUCUCGGACUAUAGAUCGUGUAUUUGAAGAUGCACAACACACGGGUGAAAUCAAUUUAAGUGGAAGGAAAUUAAAAGAGUAUCCACAAAGUGUCUCCGCCAAAUAUGACUUAAUAGAUACGAUAGGAGCAGAUCUGUCCAAGAACAGACUGCAAGAUGUCCCAAAGGAAAUAUGCGACUUCGCAUCCAUGGAGAAACUCAACUGUUACCACAAUGUGCUCAAAUUUCUCCCGGAUGCCUUGGUCCAGCUACAGGCUCUCACCCAUCUUAACCUAAGUCGGAACCAGCUUUCCGUGAUCCCAGCAUUCAUCUCCCAUUUACACCAACUGGAAGUCCUGAUUGCUAGUCACAACAAGCUGGUCUCGCUUCCGGAGGAGAUUGGUGUUCUCGACAAACUCAUGGAAAUAGAUGUGAGCUGUAAUGAGAUUUCGCACCUUCCUAACCAGAUUGGAGACCUCAAAUCUCUCCGCUCCCUUAAUGUACGACGCAACCUUUUAAUCGAGUUACCAAUAGAAAUAUGUAAAUUAAAUCUACGAAAGCUGGACUUUUCAAGUAACAAAAUCUCAAAGAUACCAACAUUAUUUCGAAAAAUAGAAACCUUAGAAGAGAUCUGCCUAGACAAUAACCCCUUAACCCAGCCACCAGCCCAUGUGUGUACAAAAGGCAAACAACACAUCAUGAAGUUCCUCCAGAUUGAGGCUAUCCGGGAGGAGAGAAAGAGAGGUGUAAUGAACGAUGCGGAAAUGAAACGCCUGAGGAAAUCUCUACCGCCACAACAGUCCAUAUCAUCUGAGGAAUUCCGUAACAUGAUGGAAUCUCCUGAAAGUAAAGCAUGGAAACGACACACAGUCCUUAGCAGUGACUCUGGCUACAGCACGACUGACAGUAUAGAGAAAUGUGGUUGGUCGACAUCAGAGCAGACAAAUGGAGACAUCAGCCACAUGGAGGACGCAACUCAUCUCUCGCUGAAAACGGCGGAGAUGGUCCGAGAACAACGUCAUGUGAGAGAUUUGGACUAUCGUCAUCGGCCGCCUCCGCACGAACCGAGACACCAUCCUCCCCCAAUUACACUGGUCCCACAAGCUGACAUACCACCCAAGUCCCCCGCCCUUACCCCCAAAACUCCUACCCCGCAGUAUAACCAGCAUCCAAUGUAUUCACAGGCCCCUCCCCCACGUAGCCCGGAUGGCUACCAGUCCAGCAGUCCACAGUUGACCCCCGACACGCCGGUCGCUAUCCAAGUACCGGGCUUUGACGACCAGUUCUCCAGGGAAUUGCAGCGUCAGAAGUCAGACUAUGAACGAAGGAAGAAGAUGGCGGAGCAGCUUAGAAUGCAGCAGGAACAGGAGGACGAGAAGGAGCAGCGCAGACGUGCUGCAAUCAAGCUGCAGGAGGAGCAAAGAGCACUGCUGGACCGGCAGCGUGAGGAAAUGAGGGCUCAGGAAGAUGCAAGGUUAGAGGCUCAGAGACAAGAUGAAGCAAGAAAGAGGGAGGAGGCCCGAAUACAAGAAGAGUGUCGCAUACAGGAGGAACAAAGACUACAGGAGGAGGCAAGGUUACGGGAAGAUCAAAGACAGAGGGAAGAAGCACGGCAAAGGGAGGAGCAUAAACAACAUGAAGAGUCGCAAUACAAAGUGGAAAACAAUUACGGGUACCUACACAACACAUGGCAUGCUCCUGACUCCCAGACCAGUCACUCUGGGUACUCGCCCACAGGGUAUUCACCAACAGGGUACUCACCAAAGGGGUACUCGCCUACUGGGUACUCAUAUGGGAAUCGCUAUGACAGCAGUCCAACGGAUACCUAUAGCAUGCAUUAUGGAAAACCAGGCCUUACAUCACAAAGUUUUAAAGAAGACCGGAAAACGACGUCUAGUAACACCCAUUACCGAAGGACAGCCUCUGACAGUACUCCUAAACACCCCCCGUCAUCCAUACCCCAUAAUACUGCUCCCGGUCGCUCAAAUCACGUUAAGAACGGUCCCUCCAAUCCAAGAAGUCCCUCUGGGUCAACAUCACUCGUGUCACCAAGUCCUAGUCCCCGCUCGUCAGUCGGAUCUGCCGGCCCGAGUCCUGCCUCAUCAACAUCAUCUGUCAACAAAGCAGGUGAAUCAAAGCAGAUUCCAAGUUCUGUGGCGAGACGAGGGAAAAUAUCGGAUCGAGUCGCUGCAUCAACAAAUCCAACAAAAGGCCCUGCAGGUUUGGAGCGUCAUGGGCGAGCUACGACGGCAACCACGACGAGUACAUCCAGUCGUCAAACAGCUAUGUCAAAAACGUUACCAAAUACAUCAACAAACAGUGUGAGGAAAAACCAUGUCACAGCUGAGGAAGAGUUCCGCCAGAAACACCAGGCACUGAAAACUUCCCAACACCAGGAGGCACAGCGAGCCAAGUCAAGGGCGGAUGAUCCUAACAAACUCCGACAGACUCAGAGAGAGGCUGUUAACAACUUUGUUUCCAAGAGACAAAGUAGUACAUCGUCUGAUGAAGAUAAGAAGAAAAUCCUUGCCCCCCGCACCAAUUAUUCCUCCAUGUCUGCCAAGCGCCAGGGAGCAGUGAUGUCCAGUAGUACAAUGAAGGUGAUAGACAGCUACAAAGACACUGAUCCAAAUUUUACAAUCCGGCGGCAGAUGGAACAACAGCGGGAGGAAGGGGAAGUCAUGGAGAAUUUACGAAAGACCAUAGAGACCAAGUUGAAAGUGACACUUCCUGAAAAUGUCCAGGAUGUACUAAGAGAUGGUGUACUUCUAUGUCAGUUGGCGAACAGUAUACGGCCGCGCUCUGUUACCAGCAUACAUGUCCCCUCGCCUGCUGUGCCAAAACUGACCAUGGCAAAAUGUCGGAAAAAUGUGGAAAACUUCCUAGAGGCUUGUAAGAAAAUUGGAGUAAAUAGGGAUCAAAUUUGUGCCGCACAAGAUAUUUUGGAAGAGAAAGGGAUCUCAAGGGUAGCAGUAACCAUAUCUGCACUUGUUGCCAUAACAACCAAUCCGAGGUCUUCUAAUGUCUGACAGUUUCCCACAGACAAACAUAGAUCUAAAAGGAAAUAGUCAUUUGGCCGCUGUGUCACUUGAUAUUAAAUACAAAUACGGAAAGCAUGUCUAGCUAUCAGCUGUCAGUGGCAGUGACUCUUUCUGUACUUGGGUAGGUGAGCUGUCUAUGUAGGCUCGGGGCCAGAUCUACCAAAUCUUAUUUGGUCAAACCUUUCAUACAAUUACCAUAUUUCGUAUGACCUGCCAGAUUUGGUGGAAAAAACCUAUCAUGUUCGUAGGAGAAAUAGGCUACUGUCAUAUUUUACCAUAUUUGGUAAUGCUAGGCGUAGCACUAUGAGCAUAUUUGGUACAAUAACCAUAUUUGGUCAAUAAGAUUGCGUGUACCUAAACUGCAUUUGUAGUUUUGCUCUUUUGUGGCCUCUUUGUGAAAAAUGGCAAUAUAUACCAUGUUAUUGUCAUUUUAUACCUAAUAAGAACAGAUAACAAGAAAUGCAGGUUGCAUUCAGUUAAUAAUCUUGAUUUCUUCUUAUUUUGUUGCCGUGGUGACAGCGUUACCAGAACAUGGCAAUAAGAAGAACAAUGACAAGAUAUGAGUUGCGUUGACAACUAAUAUUAACAGUUGGUAAAAACCAAUGUUUUGAAAUGCCUUAUAUGGUCUCUCCUUUGACAUAUUCGAUUCUGUCAAGGGCAGGUAAUUCUUUGCUAGCAAUUGUGCAGCUCUCCGAAGGUGACAAUGUGUCGUGACCGAAGGUGAGUGUGUCUCGUGACACUGAAGGGUGAAGGAUGACCAUACAAAACUUGUGAUAUUUUUUUGGCCUUGGUCAUGGUCAUUUCCACUCCUUUGUCGAGCAUUCUUCAGGAAGAACUCUCUUCCUCUUCGCUAUGUAUAAUGAUAUUUCGUAAUCUGUUUACACACCUAAUGAUCCUUCCCUACCAGAGUUCUACCCUGCCAAUUUAAACCAGGGUGUUUUUGUGUAUGCUAAGGCUAUUUGUGUACCUAUUUAAGCUUGUGAAACAUUUCUGCGUGGAUAUGCUUAGAUACACCUAUAUAGUGAACAGAGAAAUAGUUUUGCUUCUGGAAAUUAACAAUCUGUAUCUUAUAUUUUAAUGGACGUUUAUACAAGAUAAAGGAAAACAGAGGAAAAUAAACAAUAUUCAAUUGGUAUAAAAAGGAACUUGUAUGAAGAAAUAUCCUAGAUGCAUUUUAAAUAACACAUUUCAUUUCCAAGAAACUUAUUAUUUGUCAUAACUAGCAAAUUGACUGGGAUGUGUAAGGUAUAAUGAUGGAAUUUUAAUCGGAUAAACAGGACAUGAUUAAUAAGAUAUGUAUAUAAUGGGAUGGAAUUCGGGGUAAAUGUAAAUAGUAUUUCGUGCAAGAUAGCCAACAUAUUUAUACUGUACAGCUUAGCAACGAAAUAUAGGUUGAUAUGACUAAAGUGUGAAAUAAGAGGGUACAUAUUUAUUAUCAUAUUACUUCAGUGUGAUAGACAACACAAGUAAAGAAAUUUGUCAUGUCGGGGGGGGGGGGGAUAAGACAAAAAGAUUGUCUUCGUGGACAGUCAAACCUGGCAACCAGAUGGAUUGAUUAGAUUCUGUAGUCUUAUGGAAUAAAAUAGUAUUAAGUCUUGAGUAGCUAUGUGGUGAUAAUUAUCGGAUAGCAAAAUUUUCAAUUCUUAAAUUGAAAGUGUUUUCUUUAAUAGCUGUAUUUACCCUAGGUAGGAUUGAGGGUAUAUCUUGUACAAUGAGUAAGUGUAAAAUGCAUGCAAUUAUAUACGAUAUACCGAUAUUUAUAACAGAUAUUUUGCUUUGACUGCAGGCAGUCAAAAUAGGCUUCCAUUUGAUACGUCAUGCUACACAUAACCUUGGUAUAUUGUAGUAGAAAAUGCUUCUAUAUUUACAUUGGUCUUAUAAGUUAGCCAUAUGUCAAUGAAAACCUGUUCUUUUUGAUAGUUAAUAAAUAAAAGAUUAAAACGGGAUAAAUCUAGAAGGAAAAUAAUAUUUCAUUCCUAAUCUGAAAAUGUACGCAAACAUUUAACUAUGAUUGAUAUCCUCUUAUUAAAACUCAUCUCAAAUGGCAUACACCAUCCUUAAAAUCCAUGGGUUCUGUUCCCAAUAUGCAUACCCUGUCUACAUUCUUACUGCGUCGUGUCAAAAUCAAUGGCCUUUUCUGAUUGGUCUGAUUGGUUCCAUGGAGACGUUGAGAUGUGACCAGUCGUUUCUGAUUGGUCUGAUUGGCUCCAUGGAGACGUUGAGAUGUGACCAGUCGUAGGCCAGUAUGUUUUCAGUUUACAUGGAAGCUACAACCAAGUUAAAGUCUAUCAGUAUAUGAAUAUUCUGUGGAGGGAAUCCUUUCAACCAAAACAAAACCAAAUGUUUUCGAAUUAUGCAUAGAUUGGUUAAUUUAUUUCCGCACGGUGGGCGGAGAGAGCGUUUGAAUUUGUUGUGGCGUAUUCAAAGUGUAAAGAUAAUAAACAAUAUGCAAUGUUAUAAAUUAUACAUUUAUUGGGAAGAGGACCCUUGGAUUUAGAAGUUGUCCGUUGUUUCAUUCAGCUGUUCAGCGUGUGCAUACUGAUAUAUAUUGCAUUUUCAUUGUGAAAACAUAGAUACCAUUUGUCUCGGUGAUAUAUUCGUCCCUACAGAUCUCCCAAAUACAUUUCUAGUGCAAGCUUACCAGUCCCUCGUAACUUCGGGUUCGCUAUUAUCGUCCACAUCGAAGGCACUUACCUAUUGAAAAUGUCUCAAAGAUAUCGCUAUAUAAUCUUAUAUAUUAUAUAUGUAAAUACAUCAUGUAAGUUAAAUUGUUCUUUGUCGAAAAUAAAUUGGUGUUAAAACUAUUUGUGUGUCGGAGCAUAUCAAAACCAUUUUGAAUACUUAAGUUUCCAACUUUUGCAAAUCAUGUUCGUCUUGUGCACACCUUUCAAUACUUUGUAAUGGUUUUUUUCUUCAGUAUAGGAUUUAAUGCAAUAAGAUACGUUACAGGAGGUACUGGUGUAAAGUGAAAACUAUUCAUUGUGAUUUAAGCAAUUUUAACAUAUGAUUAUGAGAAGGAAGGAUAUUCUGUUUUCCACGCUUUGGUUCAAGUUCCAUGUCAAUUCUAGCAAGCAUGUAUGCCGGAUUUGAGACAUGUCAGAUUUAGAAGCCUUUUGAUUUUUUGGUUGUUGUGGCAACUGGUUACCCGCUAAUAACAUCAAGCCGUUUCAGUUGUUCCACGGUCACAAAGCCAAGUAGAAUUGAGCAUCCAGUUUAAAUGUAAUCAUAACAAAUCAGAAAUAUCAUGAAGAUAUUAAUUAUUGUCCAAUACAUGUAAAAAAAAAAUUCAAUAUCAUGUAAAGAAUUUUUCAUGGGGACAUUUAACCCAGAUAUUAGAUGUACAACAUGCAGUUUUUCCGUGUGCCUACCUAUAUUACUAAGAUAUAUUAAUCCUGGGUGUGUGACAAAGUGGCGCCAUACACCACUGUUCGCUUAAUAAGGAAGCUUGUAUAAUGGGUCUAUUGAAGAAUUUAGGAAACAAAUAACAUUAUCAGUAUUUCAUACACGCUCCACCAAGACUCACCGAAACUCACCGAAACUUUGAUUCUACCUGGAACCGAUUGUUAUACCUAUUGUUUGACAAAUCGUCUAUCUCAACUACUAUAUAAAAGUGUUUGUCAUAUGGAAUUUGAUUUGGCACUGGGGGAAAUGUCGGUUGUGAUAAUAUAAAGUAGCUUAUGGUAAAGAUUCAUAAUGUCAGUUUUGGAUAGCUUUACUAGCUUAACUUCCAAUCCACUACUAUAGUCCACUUCCUAGGGACUUAGAAUUUCGAGAUAAAACACAUAUUCCGUAUAUCGAGGAUUAUAAUGACAAAUUCGGUUGUUUAGUUUUAUGGUCAUCUAGCAAGAUUUUAAAACUUCCCAAAUUGGUUAACUACAUACAUUUUCUUUUACCAUUGAUAGAACUUUUCAAAGUGAUGAAAAGAUAUGUCUACUAUUGAAACACAUCUUAUGUUCAUACGGAGUUCAUUUAUCGUGGAUGGAGAGCAUUAGGUAAUCACUCGGAAGUCCUCUAAAUAUAUGUGUAGGUAGUUAAGGAGCGUCAAAUGUAUACUUAGUAAGCAUAUUUUACUUUUUAUCUAGUUUUACUGCAAGCUACCCGAUCCAUUCCCAUUUUGAAGGUUAUGUGGUUGUCCAUGGAUCGGAAGUUUCCGGUUCCUGUUUCUGUUCAUAUUCACACCGUUACUAUUUGUAUUUUGACAUACGGACAACACGGAAUAUGCAAACAUGUCUCGGGUCGUUGUCAAUGUGUUCUGUAGACCUUGUAUGUGAUGAAAGCCUCAACAUUUGUGAUAUUGUUUUAGAUGUCUUCUCCUGCAAUGUCUGCCUGCUGGCACUACCAAUUAUUAUUUAUACCGGUUUUUGUUUACAGAUUUGUAAUUUUGAAGGGAAAAUUGUAUUUCGUGUUUUAACCAUGUUUCAGUUCAUUAAGCAUGCUUCAUCUCGGAAUAUAUUUUCAUUGUCAUCAUUGAAUGUAUCACAAAACGUGCUUUUUAUAGGAAAUGUACCUUCAAAAAUUAAAUUAAACCAAAUAAAAACCGAUGAAAAAGUGAAGAACUCUC